CACUCCCUCCCCUGCUCUCUGAUUGGCCCCUCUCCUCCUCGGUGGGCGGUGCUGACGGAGCCACAUGGAGGCUGCUGUGUGUUUGAGCUCUUCAGUCUGAUCCAUCCUCCAGUGGAGACUCUCCGGAUCAACUUCUCCUCCUCCUCCUCCUCCUCCUCUGUCCGGGAAACAUCUGACCUGAACUCUGAAUAUUAUUUGAACCAUCACUUCUUUUGCUGUUCGUGUUUUUAACGGAGAACUAAAAGAUUCUCUCUUUCUGCUUCGUGCGUAAAAGUGUGAUUGAAGAAUGAAUUAACCGCAGGACUCGUUCUGUGUGUGGUAUUUUUAUUUCUUCGCACUGGAUGAACUUCGGGCUCCUCUUGAUUCACACUCCGCUCUUGUACUGGACUUAUUUCAAGUGAACCGAUUAAAAAGGACAGAUCAUUGAAUUUCCUGCAUCAGGGAACUUUGCUCAUUUUUACGCACAGGCCCGUUGUGAAGAGGAUCAUCUCCGGGUCUCGUGGCUGUGGUGGACACUUCGCUGUCUCCUGCACCUGAAACGGGUUUGAUGGAAACAUGACCAAAGCUGCGAACGAACCGGUUCCUCUGCACAACCUCCUCCUCCACCUGCUCCUGCUGCUCCACGUCUCAGCGGUGUGUCUGUCCGCGCAGCGCGGGACUCCAGCGCGCUUCUUCGGCCAAAUAUCCGAGAACUCUCCGGCCGGGACGCCGGUGGAUCGGGUGAUGUUGCCGCUCGAAACCGGCAGCUGCCCCGGAGCGGACCUCAAUGCCAGUCUGAAGGGGGAUUACGCGUCGGAUUUUAAGCUUGUUCACCACCGGGGACACCGGGGACACCGGGGACACCUGGGUUUGGUGUCUGCCAAAGCGCUGGACCGGGAGUUUAUAGCGAUGUACGAGCUGAGGGUGCAGCUGCCGCCACGGUGUCUGAGGACAGCGGCGGCUGUCCAGGUGGAAGUGUCCGACAGGAACGAUAACAUUCCCCGGUUCACCAACGGGAACUUGACCGUUGACGUGGACGAGCUGACGCAGCUCGGUACCGAGCUGGCCCGGUUCGACGCAAAGGACGGCGACGCAGAGCGGAAUGGUCGCGUCACUUUUUACGCGUCACCGGAGUCUCACCUGCUCCACGUGGUUCCUCUGACCGGACAGGUGAGGCUGGUCGGGUCCCUGCUGGGCUUCAGCCAGGUGACUCUCCGCCUUUACGCGAAGGACGGCGGGGAUGUGGCGCUGAUCGGUGACCCGGUGUUCCUGCGCGUUAACGUCCACCGGCACCGAUCCAGCAGAGCGCGGCGACGGCCCCGGGCUCUCUCCGAGGAGCUGACCUACACGGUGACCGUUCCGGACCACAUCAGAGUCGGGGACCUGGUGUUCACGGUGCCGGACCAGAGGUUCCAGCAGCGGUGGUUCGAGGUGAUAGCAGAGGCGGACUCCCCGGUCCAGAUCGAGCGGGACUCGGGGCGUCUGUACCUGGCGAGCAACCUGCGGGAGCCCGCCGAGGUGACUGUGAAGAUCCAGAACCGCAGAGAAACUGAUAAAGUGAAAGAUGUUUCCAACUUCAGAGACUCA